AUGCAGUGCAACAAGGAUUUACUCGACUAUCUGAGCUUGGCCAUGUUCCUGGCAGGUAUAAUGCAUCUGUACCUCCACAGGAAAUGCCAAAAAAGCUAUGGCCGCCACAUGGCACCCACAAACACCAAGAUGGUGCCUGCUCGCUUAGCUUGGUUCAUCCAAGAAUUACCGUCUUUUCUAAUCCCAUUACUACUGAUGUUCACUUCACAUGAACGUAACAGUUUGGGGAAGGUGCUACUGCUUGGAACAUUUUGCCCACACUACUUUCACAGAACAUUCAUCUAUUCACUCCUGGUCAAAGGACAACCUUACCCUCUGGACAUCAUGGUAAAAGCAGUUAUGUCUUGCUCGGUGAAUGGAUUCUUGCAGGGUCACUACCUGCUGCAUUGUGCUCAAAUUGAGGAGUGGGAAACUUACAACUGCCUCAAAAUUGGUUUAUUCCUAUUUUACAUCGGAAUGGCAAUCAACAUACACAGUGAUAUUUGCCUUCGUAAACUAAGGAAAAAGGGAGAAGUGAAGUACAAGGUUCCCCGAGGAGGCCUUUUUGAAUAUAUAUCGGCUCCAAAUUACUUUGGAGAGAUCCUUGAGUGGUUUGGCUACGCCAUAGCCACUUGGAGCAUUCCAUCACUCUCCUUUGCUGUAUUUGCUGCAUGCUUCAUUGGUCCAAGAGCCAUUUAUCAUCACAGGUUUUACAAGAAGAAAUUCAAGAACUACCCCAAGUCUCGAAAGGCCUUGAUUCCAUUUUUACUUUGA